UAACAUGAUAUCGAAACAAGAAAUAAAGACAGGCCCAAAGGCCAGGCAGGUAAUCACUUUUAAUAAAGAUAAUAUUCGUUUACUUAUUAAUUAAUCAUUCUAAUUUACUUUUUGAAUUUGCAUAGCCUAUCCAUAAGUGACGUCACGCUAAUUUUACCGAUUUUUGCCCCCCCCCUCCGCAUCGUCAAAAAGUUAUACGCCCCUCCCUCAAAUAUAACAUCAUAAAUAUUUACCGAUUUUUACCCCCCCCCCUCCCCUUCGUCAAAAAGUUAUACGCCCCUCCCUCAAAUAUAACAUCCUAAAUCUCUGUCCCCCCCCCCCCCCCUCUCUUAAUAAAUCUCCAUCUGUCCACUACUAUCAUUUACAAAUCUGUAAAUCUUUUUAAAAAAUAACCUCCCAUGGAUAUCAUUAAUAAAAUUAAUAUCAAGUUGGCCCUAUGAUUAGACCUGAAGUCUAAGUCUAAAGACUAAAGACCAUGAGCAUAGUCAUAGAUAAGAUAGUCAUAGUCAUAGUAUACCGUAGACCAACAUUAUUUAUGGAGUGCUAACAUUUUUAUUUAAUUUAUUUUAUAAUUAUUUUUCAGAUGAACACUUUACUUCUACUGAUCUACUGAGAUACGAGAGAGUGAAUCACCAGCAUAUUUUCAUAAUUUUUUAACUGUAACUUUUCUCAUGACAACAGUUGACUAACUUUAUUUGGUUGUGCUGAGGACAAUUAAUAGUAUGUCAGUAUUGCCGGUCAUGUCACCCCUUGAAGAAACAAGCAAUUUUAAUUCAGAGGAAGAUGAUGCUCCAGUGGUCUUAGUUUAUCACUGUUGGUUAUGUGUAGAAAUAUUUUUUGACAAGCUGGGCAUUUUGCGCCAUCUCCAGGUAAUGUUUCCAAUGAUUUUAUAUGCGAUCAUAUGAGACCCAUUAUUUUAUUCUGGUAACAUUUAUAACUAUUAUAUAUUAGUCGUUAGUGAAACUCUGAAGUAACGAUAAUUUGUGUUUGCUAUUGAUGAGCAGGAAUGAACUAUUCAAUUCUUGAAUUAAACUGAACAGUUUAAGUUACCACUAAGUCUGUGUAAAGAACAUUCAUCUCUAUUUUAAUUUUCAAUUAUGGUAUAAGAAAUGCAACAAUAAGCAGCAAUGAUUAUUCACAGGUUAAAAAAAAAAAAAAUAACUGUUAAUUUUUGUGUAAUUUUAGGAAUAUCACAAGGACAGGCCGGAACUUGAAGGUAUUGAGAAAAAAAUGAAAGUUCCAAUCUGUAUGGAAUGUGGUGCAUCUGAUAUAUGUGAACAUAGGAAGGAGGAGGAGGCAAAUAUUACCAGGGAGGAUGCACAGUAUGAAGAGGACGAUGAUGAUGAAGAUGACAGUGACAAGGUGUCUAAACCUCGUAAGUAUUUCCGAUAAGUGUCACUUUUGUAUCUGUAUUUAUUUUGUAUUGUUAGUAAUGUAUAAUUAGUAUAUGCCGUACUGAGCAUAUAGGCUGCUGUUCAUUGUUAGCCUCACCCUGUAAGUUAGGUGUUCUCAUAAAAUGCUAUUUUACAUUUAUUAUUUUUAAAAAGUCCUGACAGUACGCCACAGCUUUAGUUAAAAUCCUUACAUUAUGGGGGAGAAAGUGAGGUCUGUUCUUGGAAGAAUAGGGUACACUACACCUCCUUCCAUUUUUAAAUAAAUGUAUUUUAUAAAAUAAAAUAUGUUUUUUUUUCUAUCUGAAGGUACUUUAAACUGUCUAUCCUGCUUAAAACCAUUUACCCUUCCGGAAUCCCUUUAUAAACAUCGUAUGGAGGAUCACCCAUUGGAUAAAACGUUCCAGUGCCCCUUCUGUCCCAAUGUAUUUGCUGACAGAACUCAUCUGGUCGUGCAUAAGCGUGUACACACUGGCUCUCGUCCAUACAUUUGUGCACUGUGUGGAAAUCGCUUUCCCAAGAGUUCUGAUCUAAAGAGACAUUCCGUGAUUCAUAGUGGUAUACUUCUACUUUGUUUUUUAAAAUUUUUGCAUGCACUAAUUAACAUUUUUUUUAUACGUAUCUUAAAAUCAGAUACUAAGACCAAAUUGUAAAGCUAAAAAGAUAUACUGAAACUUAAAUGUUACAAUUAUGACUUUUUAUCAAUCCCUUUUCAGUGAUCUUCUGAUAAAUUAUUGUUUCAUAAAAUGUAUUAAGCAUCCAAAAAUAAUAAUCUAAUAUGUUUGUGAAAAAUUCUCUUGCUAAGUUGUUUUGCUUUCUUCAGGGAAGAAACCGUUCCAAUGCGCCAGGUGUGACAAGACAUUCACACAGAAAUCCAGCCUGGAAAAACAUGCCAAGAUUCACGCUAAGCACAUGGGAGGCUUCCCUUGCUUGCUGUGUGGCCUGGUCUACAUGCAGGUGUCUGAGCUGAAUGAGCAUACACACUCUACUCAUGGGGAUGUCAACUAUCAGUGUAAAAUAUGUGGAAAGAUGUACAUGGAAGAGAGACACAUGUUGCAGCAUGAGGUUAUUUGUUUAUUUUGGUUUAGUUUACAAAAGUGGAACCUGAAUUAUUUCUGCAUGCUUGCCAUAGAAAAUGGGUUUAUACAAAAAUUGUUGCUACAUCUUGAAUUCCGUAGUUACUGGACAAUCAUUUAUUAAGCUAUGGUCUAGGUCAGGGUAGCAACCAUGUCAAAGUAAGACUUAAAAUUCAUUUAGGCUGUCAAUAACUUAGAAGUCUACUAUUUAAGACACAUUUUUUAGUUAUUUAUAAUAAUUCUUUUGGUCUUCCUCAUGUCUAUGAAAAUGGUUAAUGCAUAGCAAGUCUGGCACGCUUGCUGUAGGUUUGUAGACCUCUGGUCUAGGCAUAAUAAUUCUUUUUAAAAAAACAGAUUUUUUUAGAUAAAAAUUGGCAAUACUCAGAUUAGUACAUUUUUGUGCAAACCCAUUUUGGUUUUUUUGAAUAACAACCAAUUUUUUAGAUAAUUUUUCAUUUUUACUUAAAUGUAUGAAUUCAGGUCCUGUUUUUUCGCUUUGCCUUAUUCCAUAGACUAACACUGAGCAUUUUACACAUGUGAAACACAAUCUACUUUAUCCAUUUCCAGUUUUUAAAAACUCAUUUUAUCUAUAUAAUUUCUUUUUAUUGCAGUCAUGGUAAUGUGUUAACCACUUCAUUACCGAUGACCCAUUAACACCAUUAAUAUCUCUGUUGUACAGAAAAGCCAUUUCCUGGUCAAACCAUACGCUUGCAGCUUCUGUGACAGGCGAUUUUCAUUCCGUCCCCUGCUGGUCAAACAUGAGGAAAAGAUUCAUCGGGCCAAGAAGGAGAUUGCCUGUGAUAUUUGUGGGAAAAUUUUCAAAAGGACUGAGAACUUGAACAGACAUAAAGUAAGUUAGUAAACUUUGUCUGAAACCUAAAUAUCUGAUCUACAUGUAAGCUCAAUUUGCGGUGCAGCAGGAUCUAAUUUUAGUGAUUUCGAAUCUCAAUCCCAUAAAAUUAUUCAUUGAGAAGAAAAGAAAUAAUUUUCUAAAAAUUUGAAAUAAGCUUACUUUUCCCUUUAAAAAAAUUGAAAACAUGUAAAAUGCAUUAUGUUUAAUUUGUGUAUUAGUAUUUGAGUAUUGGUGACCCACUUAAACUUUAUAAUAUUCAAUAAAAAAGAGCAAGGUGUCAUUUUAGCAAUGUUUUUUGUUCAGUAAAUGACCCUUGUCUCAAUUUAAAUUAGUUAAAAAAAUUAAUUGAGCUAAAAUUAGUGGACUAUUCAUUUGAGCAAUUUCUCAGCCCAAUUUAAACUUUGUCACUUGUCAUAAUUUGAUUAAUAAAAAUAAGUCCUGUUACAAAUCUGUUCGAGCAUGAAUUUAAUUAAUUUUUAAAUUCAAAAUCAUCUCUAGUUGUCUCACACUGGUAUACGUAACCACAAGUGUGAACAGUGCGGCCUUGCAUUCACGGAGAAAGGAUCACUGACACGCCACGUCAAGUCGCAGCAUGAUCAGCUCCGCCCACACACAUGCUUCAUCUGCGGGAGGGCCUUCACCCGCAAGAUACUGGUUCGCAAACAUAUUGAAAGAUGCCACGAGAAAAGCGGUGACGAGAGGGACUUGAAAGACCCGACAGGAUAUUUUAAGUGCAAACUUUGCAAUAAACUACUGCGGAAAUCUGGCAUGAGGCAUCACAUCAAGCUGCACAAAAUGAAAGGGGACAACUGGGAAGAAGUUUGUGAAAGGGCUGAAAUGGGAACGUCAGGGGAGACAACUGGUGAAAGCAGUGCAAAGCAUGUGGAGGUCAAGGAGGAAAUGGAGGACGAUGAAGGGGAUAUGUACAAAGACGAGACAGGAGAGGAUGAAGAUGAAAGUGGCGGAGAAGAGGACAAUGAGGAAGUGUUUGAGGAGUUUGUUGUUAAAAGUGAGGAGCUUUCAUUUGAGGAGAUUGUUUAGGAAGGGAGAGUAUUUUUUGUUGUUGCUAUGAUGGUUUAAUCAGAGCUUAAAAAUCAAAAUCGCCAUUUCAGGUUAGGCCUUAAGUGAUUGGUUUCAGGUUAGGCCAUUGGUUUCAGGUUAUGCCAUUAAGUGAUUGGUUUCUUACAUUUUUUUCAAGGUGGCAGAAACAGGUAGGCAUUAAAAAGAUUAUGGAGUGUGAUAUAUUGACUAUACAUUAUAAUUAUUGUAUCUUAAAAUGUACCGGAAUUUCUGAGACAUUUCAUAGGAAAUUACAGUCAGCAGUCAUUCUACUUGAUCAGAGUUGACUCACUCGAAUAUCAUAUAAACUCCAUAAUGCUCACUCUAAGUCAUUGAUGUUAUUUUUUUAAAUAAACAAACUGUAACUGACUCUACUUUGGCAGUAGCUCUAAGGAUCUCUUUUUAUUUCUGUUUUUUUUUAGGGAACCCACUUCUAGAAAUAUACUUUAAAAUAAUUGUUAGAGCCCACAAAAAAUUAAUACCC